UAUAUAUAAAAAUAAUCUAGGAAGUAGCAGCUCAAGUGUCAAACUUUUUCCCCCUCUGAAAAGGAAACCUUUCCUUGGGAUCUGUGGGUUUCGCUUUCUUGGAGAGAAGGUAAAUGAUGAAUCCCAAAAGGCAGACAGUAAACCUCUUUCCAGCUGUCUUCUAUGUGCUCCUCCUCUGUGCUCAGCGUUCUGAAGCUACCAAAGACUCCUCCAAAAGCCAGGUCAAGUUACAGAACCAUCGUCUCGGCUCCUCCGUCGUCUUCCCCGUCUCCGGCAACGUUUAUCCUCUUGGGUACUAUUAUGUGUUGCUGAACAUAGGAAACCCACCUAACCUCUUUGACUUGGACAUUGACACUGGCAGUGACCUCACUUGGGUUCAGUGUGAUGCUCCCUGCAACGGUUGCACUAAGCCUCGUGAUAGUCAGUACAAGCCCAAUCACAACACUCUGCCUUGUUCCCACCUCCUUUGUUCUGGCCUUGACCUUCCCCAGAGCAAAGCUUGUGAUGACCCUGAGGACCAGUGUGACUAUGAAAUUGGGUAUUCUGAUCAUGCAUCCUCUGUUGGUGCUCUCGUUUCUGAUGAGUUCCCUCUCAGACUCGAAAAUGGCUCCACUAUGAGUCCCCACUUGACCUUUGGAUGUGGGUAUGAUCAGCAGAACCCUGGUCCACACCCUCCUCCUCCAACAGCGGGGAUCCUUGGCCUUGGCAGAGGCAAAGUAAGCAUCUCGUCACAGCUUAGUACCUUAGGGGUAACCAAGAAUGUGAUUGUGCAUUGCUUGAGCCACAACGGUAAAGGCUUUCUCUCUAUCGGAGAUGAGCUUGUUCCUUCUUCUGGUGUCACAUGGACUUCACUGUCUCUUAAGCCACCUAGUAAAAACUACAAGACUGGACCAGCAGAGCUUCUCUUUAACGACAAGACCACUGGUGUGAAAGGCAUUAAUUUCAUUUUCGAUAGUGGAAGCUCCUACACUUACUUCAAUGCCGAAGCUUACCAAACGAUUCUUGAUCUUAUAAGGAAAGACUUGAAGGGGAAGCCUUUGAAGGACACAAAAGAAGAUAAGAGCUUACCGGUGUGUUGGAAAGACAUGAAGCCUUUGAAAUCAGUACAUGAUGUCAAGAAAUACUUCAAGACGAUUACUUUACGGUUUGGGAGUCAAAAGAACGGUCAGCUGUUUCAGAUUCCACCCGAGUCAUAUCUCAUUAUCACUGAAAAAGGAAACGUGUGUUUGGGGAUUCUAAACGGAACUGAGAUUGGGCUUGAGAACUACAACAUCAUUGGGGAUAUAUCAUUCCAAGGGAUAAUGGUGAUCUACGACAAUGAGAAGCAGAGGAUUGGAUGGAUUCCUUCAGACUGUGACAAGCUUCCCAAUGGAUAUCAAGACAAUGGAGGAGAUUUGUCGUCGGAGGAGGCAUAUCCAAGAGGCUUUGGUUUGAUAGGAGAGCUCUUCUCAGGAAAAGAUGGAGAGCUUUGACACCAAGAGAAGAGUCUUUUUAGUGGUGAAAUAAAAAAAAAUGUUUGGUUAUGCUGUUUUCAUAGAAGCAAGGAAUUUUUUUUGAGUAUAUAUAUACAUACCCCUUGUGUAUGUCAUCAGAAGUAAUCAUAUACUAAAAAAAAUAAAUAGGAUAACCUCUUUUCUAGCCAAAAA